UAACUUUCAUUCUUGUAGUUGCUUUUCCCGUUGAUGGUCGCUGGUUGUGCGUGUUUAGAAACAACAAAAAUACAACCAUUUGCGUUGACAGAACAUGUGAAAUAGUUUCAUUGGUUUUCGAGUGAGUUUAUUUCCUACUUGGAUAUACUUUGAACUGAACCAAAAUGCGUGGAAUUAGUGAUAAGUGUUGGAAUUGUUUGGCGGUUAUUGUCUUCGUUUGUUUUAGACAGACAUGGAGUCAACUCAUCGAAACAGAGUUCAUCCCUCAAGUCUCAGCAACGUGCAAAGGAAACCACAUGAUGAAUAUAAGAGUAAAUUUUAAUAACACCUUCGGUGGUGUGGUGCACGCGAGAGACUACCGAACGUCGCCAUGUAUGCGGUACGGAGAUGGAUCGAAAUCGGUCAAUCUGGAUAUCAAUCUGAUGGCGCCACCUGGAGCUCCAGAUUAUUGUGGUCUAUUCCUAAACAAUAAGACAGAAGAACGGUCAGUGCCCAUAGCCGUCCGCAUACAUCGCACGCUAGAGCUGGCUGACGAUAAAUUUUACGUCAUCACUUGUGGAAAAGCAGGCUUCCGGAAUGCCAAAAACGAAACAUCUUUAGUGUCGUUGAAGUUAGUCGAUCACCACCAGAAAGUGACUGAAGCAGUAUAUCACCGACCUUACAACCUAACGAUAGAAAUCUCUAGACCAGACGGCACCUAUGGAUUUCGAGUAAAAAAUUGUCAAGCUUUCAACAGACCCAACGAAAGUGUGCCCCUUUCAGACGAUAGAGGUUGUCCAAUUGAUGAAACAAGUUUCCUGGGCCCAUUCUCAUAUGAUUUGAAGAGCGGAACGGCGCAUGCUAAACUGGCAUCGAUGUUUAGGUUUCCCGAUAGUUCUGAAGUUCAUUUUCAAUGUGACAUAGCACUUUGCAAGGGCAGCUGCUCCAUACCCUCCUGCUCCAGCGACUCUACAAAAUCCAGAGCGCUCAAUCCAGAGGAAGGAGUACUAAUGGCAGCUACCAGCGUCUUCGUAGUGGAACCAGUCGAUGCUCCACGGAUUCAGGAACUGUGCAACACAGAAGCCGCAUAUCCAAAUUGGCUUCUGUGGUUGUGCGUUGCUUUGGGAAUACUCUUCUUGCUGAUGUUGAUUAUCAAUAUCUUCUUGUGUUCAGCUAUGACGUGUGCAUGUGCUAGGACUGAAAUUAUUGAGAAGGAACCUAGUAUUAUCGAGGACUAUGAUCCGUACAGGAGCUGGCAUGGAAGUCAGUAUGGAUCAAGAUAUUCUUUAAACGGAGCACCCCACAAUCCGAAGGGCUACACAUCGGGGGGCUCAACUAUGAACUCUACAAGAUCAGUAUCUUCCCACAGCGAUCACUACGCCAUUGUACAUUCUAGACCAGGAAGUAGAAGCUAUAACUCCAAACCACGCGGUCCUCCAUCCCACAUCGGAAGUCACUACAGUGGCAAAUAAUGUAAGCUGAAGAUAUUACCCCUGAAGAUGUGUUCACCAAUCUCGAAACGAACUUUUAGGAGUGACUAAAAGAUAUAAGAGCUAUGCGCAAUUUACGUUUGUACUUAUUUGUAUGGAUAACUUAGAUGUAAGUAGGUCGGUUUUUAAGUUUGUCGACUUAACUGUCUCCUAAUUUCUCUGUAUUUUUAAAAAACUUAUAAAAACUGUUUCCUGAUAUACAAACUUUUAUGUAUUCUGAAACGAUCUCAGUGCUUAAAAAACUAUAUUUUAAGUCAUACUUUCAAACUAUUAUAAUUUUAGAUAUUGAAAAUAAUAUAGUAUAUUAAAGUAUAAAUGGAUAUUGAGGCCUUUAAAACACGCACGAUUUUUUGAAAAUAGAGCACGCGCGAAAUAGAGAAAAAGUGUUUUGAAGACCAAUUUAUCCACGAAUACACUUUGGAAUCAUGUAGUAAUACAUAAAAUUGAAAUAGGAGCUAAUAAUGUAAAAUGGUUGAAUUUGGAUUGAAAAUAUGGAAACGAGAAAAACAAAAAUUAAUUUGCAAUUUGUCACAUAAGAUUAAUUGUUAUUACUGGUUUUAAAGUAUAUUGCUUAACAAUGAGUUCUAACAUUGAUUAGCUACUUAAAUAGUAAAGCAGAAUCGCGGUUAAUACCGCAAAAAUCGGAAGACGCUUAUAAAAAAGAACACGACAAGUUCAUGGGUGGAACAGCAAAAGGUAAUAGAUAUAAGAUGAACGAGUUGCAUUUGCUUACCUUCAGAAAAUGUCGGAACAGUACAAGUAUUUAUAUACACCGGCGCCCAUACAAAAAUUUUCAGGGGGGGCCAGACGUAAAGAUGUUGAACAUUAUAUUCUGUAUACUUUGGAUAACCAUAUAUACAGUUGAGUCCGCGAGUCUUUACCCGUGCGUCAUCACUUAAAGCAUACGAAAUAAGUCGGAAAUCUAUUUCACGCAACAACAACUGACAGAAAGUGGCUACUGUUCCGAUUACGGGUUUUAUUAUAAAAUUUGACGUUAUCAAAUAUAUAGAAUGUCAAAUGUAAGUUUUGCUUCAAAAUUUUUGCGCAGAAUUACAGCUACAUUUGAAGUAGCUUAAUAAAUUAUUUUAUUAUUAUUGAUUAAUAAAUAAAUAAACAAUUUAUAAAAAAAUCCAAUAACAUAUUUUAUUUUUGUUAUUUUAUUCACUUUGACGGAAAUCUAAACACAGUCAUUUCUUUACUGUGUGAAUGACGUUAGCUUUGUAUGUUUUAAAUAUUAAUUGCCUAAAUAUAAUUAUUUACCUUAAAAUUUCAAAGCCCAAUAUAAAAUUAGUUGUGAAAACAACUGUUUGUGUAAUAUAAAGAAACUUCAAAACGCAAAAAUUCGACAAAAACCGCAAAAAGUUCAACUGACUGACAGCCACAAAAUUAAACAAACCAGAAACGUCAAACAAAUUGUGCUUAAAAUAUGAAAACAUACCGAAUCGUCUUUUUUUGUACCUAUCUCUUUUCAAUGCACUGAGUCUAGAUGGUUCAUAAAAAUAAUAUGUGUUGUUACUUAAUAACAAACGGCAGCUGGUUUGUCAUGAGUUUCAUGCAUGGAAGAGAAUGAUGCUAGAUAAAAAGUAUGUGUUUUAUCUCGCCAGGUAUUAAUGACGCACGGGUAAAGACUCGCGGACUCAACUGUAGUUUACAGCACCCGAAAAGCUAGGGGGCCACCCCCCGUGCCCAUGGGUAUGGGAGCCCAUGUUUUUAUACAGUACUUUUCACAUUCAUUUAAAAGAUUAAGAUUUUCAAAUAUUUGAAUAAAGCAUUUGAAACAUUUGUUAGUAUUAUUUUAUUCAUAUUUUAUUUAUUUGACGUUACAAGGUAUGUACUCCUGUCAGGUCGGAUCAAUAAUUAAAACUGUUAAUGUUGCCAUGAUAACUUUAAAACACGCGCGUUUUUGAAAGUUGAAUUUAAACACGCUGAGGCGUACUUUAACUAAGCAAAAUGGAGUACCAAUAAAAAAAGAAUGUGUGUGUGUGUACUUUGUACGCACGUAAGAAGUUAUUCUUCUAUUAUAUAAUUUCAACGAAGUAAAUAUACUUAACAGGUUAUUUGUAUUUUAUUUAAAUAUUAAACUAACUUUCUUAUCUACCACUUUCAAAAAAAUUUUAUUAAAACAACCAAAAAUUAAAAAAAAAAUAUGAAUCGUCCAGGAUUGGAACCCGCGACCGGUGCGACCUUCCAAUCACUGACCCAACGCUCUACCAACUACGCCACCGAGCUUCUUUAAAUGACACGUAAGUUUCGGAUAUAAUUACACAACACGGUGACAAAUAGACAUAUAAAAAUGGUAUACCUACAUAAUAUUUUAUUAUCUUACUACAGAGAAAGACAAAUCCAAAAAUUAUAAUAAAUAGUACAUUUACUAAAAACACUAAUAUAUUCUUUUAAUGACUUAUUUGCGCUGAUACAGAUACAUACAUAACUAUCUUGAAAGAUUAGCAACGAACUAUUACUGUCUGUGUGCGCAUGCGCGCAGAUUUAUAAAAUUUUACUUUCAAUCGCAUCGCGCCUAAAGAAGAAUAACUUCAAAAAAUAUUUUUCAACAUUACCUUAGGUUUCUUAACCCUCGCAGGACCAACGUGCACAAACACGUGCUUCUUAAUUUAAACUAAUUUAAAAAUAGCACUUUUAUAUUAUUCCUAGACGUUAAUAAAACAGUUAAAAGAUACGAAUUUAUAAUUUACCCGGAGUCUUCGGCUUCAGUGGAAUUGGCAUCAUCAUAGGAAAUAGAAACAUUUUUGACUUCUUGCUGUGCUUACCGCAUACAUACUUGCAUUUUGAACAAACUAUGGUUGUUUUUGCCCACUUUUUUAAGUUAUUAUAAAAGUAUGAGGAAAUUAAUUAAAUUAUAGAAAUGCUAUUUAUGCCAUCUAAUAGGGCAGUAGUACGCCGACAACUACUAAUUAUUUGAGAUUUUUAGGAACAAAGGUAUUUAGAAAAUCGGAUGUAAUGCAAUGUUGUGGAUACUUUUUAACCCUCCUUGGUCCUUCUAGCGUUAAUGACAAGAAAUAGUUAAUUUCGCAAGGUUUCCACCCUUAAUAAUGUUUUAUGGGAAACUUAUAUACGUCGGGGAGUAUGUUUAUUAUCUAUCUCUCCAUUUUUUCUAUCCAGUUGGUAACCAUUUUACUCUCUUCUCAUCAAUAGUGUUACAACUCUUUAACUGAGUAGACAAACUUAAAAACAUUGCGAAUAGUUCUUUCCAUACCUAGCGAAAAUAUUAUAAUUUAUUUUGACAGUUACUCAUUGAUACCUAUAUGUUUAAAUAACAAAUUCAUCAUUUUUAAGCUUCUCUCACUUCAUACUAUUCUAUAUAACCGUAAGUUACUUUGUAAAAUAAUAUAAAAUAAAUAUUAAUUACUCCUUUGCUCCCUCUCCUCGAAUAGGGCUGUUCAUCGCUUUCCUUUUUUUUUCGCACCCUUGACGUAUGACGUAUAAUAUAUAUAUAUAUAUACGUUAUACGUCAUUGGUAUAUCUCAAUUAUAUAUACCAAUGACGUAUGACGUAGAUAUUAUAUCUCGUAAGUCAAGGGUACGAAAAAAGCGAUGAUUAGCCCUAUACACACUUGUUAUUAUUGUGAUAAAUACAGCACAUUAAACACCGAAUGUCACUUCUAUAUUGAUUAUGAGGUAAACGUUUAUUUUUUGUAGCAGAAAAGCCAUAUCUUUAAUAAUAAUUAUAAACGAAUGUUUUGCUUUGUAUUUGUCUUUAAAUUUGUGAUUUCAGAAAAUUGUACACAAGGCCAGUUUAUACAUGCGUGCGCUUUACGUUAUGCCAUUGUAUAUAUAGACAAGGCGAAAACGGCGGGUUCGUUGGAAAAAAUAUUCCCAUGAGAUUUUUUUGCAUAAUCACAUUUGUAAUACACCCCCAGGAUAAGGUUCAAGAAGUCGCCCACGAGAAAAGUGGUACAUAUUUUUUUUACAAUUUUUUUAAUCAAAUUGCAAAAAUUAUUAUUUAUGGUCUGGACAAUUUUUUUUAGGUUUUUUAGACCCUUCUGGACAAAAAAGGUUUCUUGUAAAAGUUGAUGAUUUUCAAGUUAUGAGCAAUUUAAAAUUUUAAAAACGCAAAAAUGGCCAUUUUUAAGACUUAAUAACUCGGUUAAAAAUUAUUAUGAAAGUCAGAAAGUGACUAAAUCAAAGUUGUUUAAAGCCCCCUCCUACAUAAUCCUGAAGAAAUUUGUGUCAUUAGUUUAUUGCUAAGCUGUUAUUUUUAAUUAUUAACAAUAAGCCGUAAGAGCUGGGGAUGGGAAAAACCUACCGGUUAUAACCUAAAACCGGUUUUUUACUACGUAAUAAUCGGUUUUACCGGUUGUUUUUUGUCACGGUUAUAACCGGUUUUUUCAUUUUAAAGUAAUAACCGGUGAAAAACCGGAUAAGUGGAAAAAAUAAUGAAUUCAGAAAAAAAAAUGGGAACAUUUUUACUUUCACACGCACGAAUGAGAAAUUUUAAGCUGACCGAAACCGAUUUGACAACAUUGAUGACUAAUUUCUAUACUGAUGUGGAUUGAUAUCGAUUAGAAUGGAGUAUCGCAAACUAAAGCUCAAUAUAAAGGUAACUUAUUUGGUAUUGGCUAUUGACUAAAAAACCGAAAACUCUUGGUCUAUUUUAUCCUAUUCAUAUUUUUCCACGUUUUGUAGUCUAUAAAGUCAAGAAAUUGGCCGGUCCAUUGAACCUGGGGAAGAGGAAAAUACUCGGGCGGUUCAUCCUGCACUGUUCCAAGGAAGCUUUUCUUGGAUUUUGGUCGCUCUCGUAGUGUUCGAGCUUUGUAUAGGGCAUGCCACUCGCCAGUAACUGUUUAUACAUGUCAUUUUACUUUGUUGGCGUGUCGACAACAAACUACUGGCGCCAGUAGAUCCAAGCAUGUAUAAACUCGCCUUUAUGUUAUAAUUGUUUUGGAUUCCUUCCGUGGAAGUGACUAACCUUCCAGCAGAAGGAAAGCUUAUUGCAAGGUCUGCUCAACGCCUGAGUGUUCCUAUUAGAAAUAAAAAAAAGCAAAAUUUAGUUUGGAUCAAAGACAAAUAUAUUACCUAAAAUUAGAUAAUGAAUCUCAUAAAACUUACCUUGUUGUAAUCUUUCUUUUUCAGUGCUAUGAUUCCUUCAGAUAUUACUUACAUGAGUAAAAUAGAAGGUAUCACGUGUUUUAUAAAGUAUUAUGAAUUAUUUUGCAAUAAAUGGUAAGAUGACCUUAUUAAGAAGUGGCAUUUCAAUAUUUUUAUUUCACUACAGGCUACUUUAUGUAGGUGUGAGUCUAGUCUAAUAGCUACAAUGGAUGAAAAUCUAUCUAUAAAAAUAGCAAAAUAAUAAUCGUUGCACGUCAUAGGUUCAAUGACGUCAUAAAAGAAUGAUAAAUGCUGUCAACGAAAUUUAAAAAACAUUGUUGUCGAAUUAACGUUACUAUUCUCAUAUAUUACUAUUUUUAUUCAGAAUAUUUGAUAAACCUAAGACACCUCUCGUUAUAAAAAAACUUUUUUAUAACAAUUUUUUUAAGUUGUGCUGUCAAAUUUGAAAUGUGAUAAAAUGAAAUAUGACGUGCAACAAAAUCUGUGUUUAGUGUACCUAUACAAAUAUAAUAUGACUCUGAAUUGAAUUAAUUUCAUGGUAAUAACACAUUCUUUCCUCAUACUAAGAGAACUUGAAUAACUAUUCAAAUACGAUUUUCAGGUUUUUUUACAGUAGGUAGUGUAUUUUCUGUUAGACAUAUUAAGAAUUGUAAAUUUUAAUAUAGAAUAAGACAAGAUGUGAAAAAUUGUAAAGAGAACUGAAAUUACCUUUGUAAAUAUUAUACCAUGAUAAAAUUAUAAUUAAUAAUAGGUA